GCCUCGGGGGCCGUGGAGAACAGGCAGGCACAGUCGUCGCCGAGACCGACAGCCAGCGAGACGGCCGUUGCCCUACCAGUGGGCCUGGAGGCGGCAUCGGGGCCCAAGGCUGCCGAUGCCCGAAGGCGCGUCGCUGGAUGGCAGGCUCGAUCAGCCGAAGCAAGCUCGAGCGGCAUUACCAGCGAGUCAGAGGCUGCCAGCGCUGCCAAGCGCCAGCGGAUGCUGUCGAGACGGGCGAGGCGAAGGCACCAGGCGGACGUCCGAACGAUCGGGGUCUACGUGAUUAUCGACCGCUGCCCGGAGUCGAGCGCUGCGACGGCGCGCGUGCGAGCCCAGUGCUAUCGGGUGCUCGCGCUGGCGAAGGAGAGAGCAGGCCACCGCAUGAUGGCAGUCUUUCUAACGCUGUCGGUCUCGACGUGCCCGAGGCCGUCCUUCCUCUCCAGGUUGCGCCCUGGGGACAUAGUGAAGCCGCGUGGUGGGGGCCGUUGCUGGGGGCUGCUCAUGCGCCCGCAGGAGUGGGCAACGCCGGACCAGGUUGGGGAGUCCGGCCUGAGCUUGGAGUUGGACUCGGCGCGGCACUCGGGAGCGAGCGUCUACCGCGCCAGAGGCGAGCGCAGCCAGGCGGAAGUGCAGCGCCGCGGAGGCUGGCUGCAGUGGAAAAACAUGGCCAGGUACAAGAUGAGCGCUCGGCUGGGGCAGCAGACGCAGAUCCACGGCCUGACGCUUCUGGCCUGCGGCGAGCAGCGCCUGCGCCAGCGGCGCUCAGCCCUCGCCAUGCGGGGCAAAGCGCUGGUGAUAGGAGACCAGGUGAGCGCAGUCGGAUCAGAGCUGGCCUCCCAUGGUACGCCCACUUGGACGUGGCGCGCAGACGCGCUCGGCGACCAGAAUUUGGGCGCUCCGUUGGAGCAGCGAGUGUUGGGCCAUCUGAAGCGGAAAGAGGCGUUGCUCCUGUUUGUCUCGCCCGUGCUGCCAGGUGCUAGCAGGGCAAGCGACAACGGAUGUAACCGCUACAGGGUGAAACGGUUUGCCGAAAGACUGAGUCGCCUUGCUAGAAUGUGUUGGAGGGCUCGCGUUCCGUUUGUCUUCGAGAUGCCCGGGGGGAG